AAUGACGUCCGUUGCACGAGGCACCCUGUGAUAGCUGAUCAUUUGAGACAGCAUUUCGAAAACAAGGGCCGUGAAGUUGGCGGUGGAAAAGAAGACAAGUUUUAGGACACAAAGCGAAUGAAUUAAAUAGAGCGUUGUUUUUCGUUAGAUUUACAUAUGCAUUAAACUGCAUUCUUGGAAAAUCUGUUAACGAAGACUUGCAACCAGCGAGUUUGGAAAUUCCAUGUGGUUGUUUGUAAAGGAAUGUGACGAAGAGGCAAGUGGCACGUUUUCAAGAACAACAUAACUGAAUUCGCUUCUUCGAACAAGAGUCACUACGAAUUUCUCGAAAAGUUUCAACCCAUUGCGGGUUGCAAAGGAUAGGAAGUCGAAGAUCCGUAUUUUUGCACCGCCUGGUAGCAUAUCAUAUAGCUCUGGCGAAAAAUGAAGAAUGAGUUGCUACUGGUGUAAAGAUGAAGAUGUUGCCCGCAGCCUUCUUUUGCAGCUGUCCAAACCAGAGCAGAACGGCAAGGAGAGUUGGAAGUAUGAAGCAAGCCUUGAUUUAUGUUACUGUACGCCGUGUGUACGGGAGUAUCACCGGCUCAAAGCAGAGUUCAUUAAGAAAUAUCCCAGCCACGAAAAGAUUUUAUAUCAAGUCGAGGUGGAAAGACUUCACAAUCAUUUCCUCGAUACGCUGAAGAAAGACAUGCAGUCACACAGCUUUGACCUCGCAUACGACUUUGAAGACUUUUUGAAAGUGCCGGUAUUCGAGAUGCUGCAGUAUCCGUAUUUGCUAUUCAACGAAGAUUUGAUGAAAGUUUUUACAGACUGUAUUGUUCUGCUGGUGGAAAAUGAAAAAUUCAUCGAAAUUGAUGAGCAUUUACCUGGUGUAUAUUUGCUCCUCUUGAACCCUCGGUUGGAGGUUCGGAAAUGGGCAUUGCAAAGUGCCAACAAGCUUGGUACAGUUUCGAUUGAGGACUUCAACGAACUUUCACCUGUUAUCAACUGUAUUCUUAAAGUCGUUUUGUACGGCUUGAUGGAUCAGUCAGAUUUCAACACAGACGAUAUUCCAACUACUUCGAUCACUGAAAAAACGAACCCUGCCCCCCAUUUGUACUUUCCAUUAUCCAAGAAAAGCCUGUGGCUUGGGUUGGGCGCCAUUUUCAAUUCGCUCGAUGAACACGUGCUGCGCAUGGUAUUGAACGUGAAAGGAAAUAGUCAAGUUCUUGGAAUCUUGAAAGGCCUGUUGGAGAGCGAGGAAGAAGAUGCCAUCGCUGCUUUUUGGCCAUUGCUAUUCUGCCUGAAAAUACUUAUGCAAAAGUUGGAAUCAACCUUCUGGUUUCUGAUGAAUCUUGAUGACGCGCCUAGAACAACUUUUAGACUUGUUCUUAAACAUCCUAGAAACAGGGCCUACUUGAAAUCUCUUGCUGUCAAGAAAAUAAGUACGAGUGAAAACCCAAGCGUUGGAAACGAUUCAUCCUUUGAGGAAAUAGCACUCAGUCAGCUUAUAGACGACAGAGAAGAUGUAAGCCGGCAUUUCAACCCUUUCUUCUGGAUUCAGCCCUACAUUGUAGCUGUUCUUGACUUCGAGUAUAUCGCUGACAUAGUCACACAAGAAGUGGUAUCAUAUUUUGUUCUGUUAGUCGAAAAAAGUGAAUGGUUUUUGUCACAUGAUUUUCCCACAAUGCUAGAUGUCACUGUUCUUAAAUGCCUUUUUUCCUUGAUCAAAUAUCUCGUGGACAAAAACCUUUUGUGCUUGAUCAAAGGUGUCAGUUGUAAUUGGCUGCAGAUUUUACGUCAUCUCCGCUUCGAAGGGUCGGAUUUUGCUGCUAAGAUUCAGUCAAAGAGUUGGAAUCGCAUUUCGAUGAAGUCUCACACCAUUUUGGUGUCAUUGCUGAGUCAAGGAGAAGCGUUUGCAGAGUAUAGAUCGAGGAAAGACUAUGAAAAACUCUUAGACUGGGUAAAAUGCCAAAAAUUAGGCCACUCAUCCGAUCCUGACAUGGUUGAGAAAUUAAUGCAGUAUCUACAGCGUAUCCUGAAACAUUUAACAGAAAUAAGCAACCCGAGUUUGUCUGCAUUGAGCAUACGCGACGAUCAAGGCAGAUUAUUUUCAGCCUCUAGCGAAGACAACAUGAAAACUAGUGCAGGUAGUUGCAAGUCGGUUGAAGAUCGUUCGGAUAGUCCAAAGCCAGGAUGCUCAAACGAGCCUAUUUACAUAUCUGACAGUGAUGAAGACGUUGUUGCCAAAGAGACUACUAGCUACCCGCAUUCAAGCCCGGAAAAAAGUGUAUUUGAACCGAUUUCGUAUAUUGAUGAUCUUGAUUAUUCAGAAUGUGAAGAAGAAAAGAGAGAUGACGAGAUUGAUGAGGCUGAUGAUUUUUUUGUUCAUAGGGUGUUCAAGUUACCCUUGAAAAAGUCGUAUACCGGAAAGCAAGAUAAUGCAUCAUCUGAUGACGAAAACAUGGAAGGGCAAAUUGAUGGAGAAAAGCCAUGGCAAGGUGAUACCAAACCGAGGCACAGUAAAUUAGCAAUGUCUCCCUUAAGAAACGUUGAUCAAAUACCAGUUACAUUUGCUACAUCACGGACAUCAAAUGAUGGCAAGGAACAGAAACGGAGUCACGCCGACUCAUUCUCAAGUAGAACAGUUAUGGCAGAGCUUAUAACUUUAACUGACAGUGAAAGCGAUGCAAAGAGCCCUGUUCUGAAGAUGAAAACUCCAGUUCGAUAUACGUAUGGAAAAGCUGCUAAUCAUGUUAGGAAUUUAGGCUCGAGCCUAACCGUGGAGGAAGAGAAUGUAAGUGAAAGUCGAACAGCAAAAGAUAAAAGCCUGUUUGGCAGCAACAAAUCUUUGCUAGACAGUGUAGCUGAUAAGUCUUCUGAGAAUAGAGUUGGAUUAAGUGAACAGAGAAUGGUAAAGGAGGAAAAUCAUGAUUAUGAUCAGUAUGAGGAGCAAGGUUCGGUAAAUAGUGAUAAUAAAUGCGCGAAAGUUGCGGUAAAUGAACGAGACGACUUAGCAUUUUUACAGUCACUUGAAGUUGUCGACAGUUCCUCUAGAUAUAAUGCAUUUGUGAAGCAUAAAGAGAUAAAGAAGGAGACAAGCAAUUUACUCCCUGAAAUUUCCACAGAAACAGUUACCGUGAAAAGGGAAGAGGAGUCAGAAGAUAAAGCCGAGGAUAACAGUUCCCGCGGUUUAAUCACAGGUCCAAUGUCACUUGAAGUAUCUACUGCAAAAGAAAUACCAAACCCUCAGCCUCCCAAACAUCGCUCGCCUUUUGAAAGCAGGGGGGCUUUCGAAUUCCUUACAGGGUUGCGAAAAAUGGAGAUCACUGGAGAUCAUCCAGGUGAUGGAAAUCAUAAUGACGUAGAAUUUUCAGCUUCAGAACAAUUAGAAUCACCACUUGAUGCUGAGCAAGAUGAAGAUCUUAAACUGGAAAGUCAAUUAAAAGAAACAGAUCAAGCUGUUGAGAAUACUAAUGAAGAAGUUUCAAAUGAAGAGGGCAGAGAAACGGAGAAUAUCAACUUAUCAAACGAAGUUUUUCAAAAAAGGAAAAGUAUAUUGUACGAGCAGUUUGUUAAGAAAAAGGAGCUUCUUGCCUUAGAGAAACGAAACGAGGCUUCCAAAGGGGCUGCAGCUAGUGCUCAUGCUUCUGAUGUAGAAGCGGAACAUGAAGAAACAGUCACCAAAAAUGACCAGAGGGCACCGCAAGAACACCUUCCAGACGUGAAGAAAUCCAAGGUUUACAAAAUCGACCAUUUACUCAGAUAUAUUUUAGCCUGGCACCCAGUUUGGUUGGGCAAUGAACAGGAAGAUGAGCUGUCAAUCAUGUUGCCAUGUGAACCACGGACAAUCACAAACCGUUAUCAGUCAUACGAUGAUUACAUGAUGACCAUGUGGCCUCUCGUUCUCAUCGAAUUUUUUGCGCAGAUGAUACGUGAUUACAAAGAGCGUGAUAAACAGCCCCUGGACUACAAGUUCAAGUCGUUUGAGCCAAAUGUGAACUCCCAAAACUUUCGUAUCGUUAACUGUGGAUGUCUGCGAGAGAAGGAUUCGAGCACUAGAAAAGAGCCAAACGAGUAUGAUCUUGUUAUUCUAAGAGGUGGUGACGAAUACAUCACUGAGACAUUUGGUGUGGUUGAAGAAGUCGAGAAGACGUCUUUACGAGAUGACGAAGAUGACAGUGGGAGUUUCUCAUUCACUUUGGUGAGCCUGAAAAUUAAAGUUGCAAAUUUACAACCUUCAGUCCGGAUGUCGUCAGUGCAGAUAGAGGUUGUCACAUCUAUGGUUUCACUGUACAGAAGAUGGGAAGCCCUGUUGGGGAUACGACGGUCGUUGCUCGCGCCGGAUAUACUGAAUCCUUUUAGGAAGCAGGUUUUUGAAAUAUCAGCGAAUAAUACUGCUUCUGAUGAGCUUGGCCUCACGUACAACCCAGGUCAAGCCAGUGCCAUCGCUACAAUCACCAGUGCAAUUACAGAGGCAUACCCUUUGCCUAAGGUGAGACUAUUGCAAGGACCGCCGGGAACAGGAAAAACCCAUACUCUGCUCGGGCUUAUCAAAAAUAUUUUGAAGUCUUUGGCGAAAAACGAAGAAAACCCCCGAAUAUUAGUGUGCACUCCUUCAAACGCAGCUAUUGAUAGUUUACUGGUCAGGUUGCUGGAAGAUCCCCCCCGGCUGGAGCAAAAUUCUUCAACGCGUUACAAGAAGCAUGCACAUUCAAAUUGUGGGGAUUUCAAUCUUCUUCGCGUUGGCGACUCGCGCCAGAUGAAUCAUACCGUCGCCAGAUAUUCGUUAGAGAACCUUAUUGAAAUUGAACUUAAAAAGCAGAAGAAACUCAGCGAUCCUGCAAUCAUUAAAGAAGAGCUGCACAGAACUUUGCAGAAAUUGAAGGUACUCGAUAAAGAAUGCACGAAACUAAAGAUGGCAAUGGAUAGAACUAAAAAUGCUGAGCUGAAAAAGAAACUGGCUGAAAGGGAGCGUCAGCAAAAAUGUUCCGAAUACUUACAGCGAAAACUGAAAAACGCGGGGCAACGAAAAGACCCGCGCUUGGUAGAAAGAGAAUCGAGAGCUUACUUCUUGAAAAAUGCACACAUAAUAUGUUGCACGUUAAGUGGAGCCGGUAGCAAACACAUGGUUAAAGCGUUUAGAACUGACAAUGAUAUGAGGGUAGCACCGUUUGCAUGCGUUAUAAUUGAUGAGGCUGGUCAGUGUUGUGAGCCUGAUGCCUUAAUCCCCAUGCAGUAUGGAGCAUCUAAGCUUGUUCUGGUUGGAGACCCAGCUCAACUUCCAGCAACCAUCUUAUCGCAGCGUGCGUCAAGAUAUGGUUAUGGACAGUCGCUCUUUGAACGAAUCCACAGGGCAUUAAUCGAGCACUCAGAAUCCCCCGUCCUUUCAUUGCAAGAGCAGUAUCGCAUGCACCCUGCCAUUUGUGCAUUUCCUUCCAAGAAAUUUUACCAAGGCAAUCUUAUCACUGCAAGGGAAGUGGUUCAGAGAAGAAUACUUCCGGGCAUAAAGUCUUUUAUUGUCUUGAACAUCAGUGACAGUGAGGAGACUAGAGAAGCCGAAGGUGCCAUCCACAAUCCAGAAGAGAGAAAAUACGUCACGUACAUAUCCAAAGAGAUUAUCAAGAAAGGCAUUGUCUUGCCAGAGAAAGUUGGAGUGAUAACCCCAUACAGAAAGCAAUUACAGAAAUUGCAAUCAGAAAUGAGCAUCGGCCAAGAGUCAAAGAUUGAAAUCAAUACAAUUGAUGGCUUCCAGGGAAGAGAAAAAGACAUCAUAAUUUUAUCUUGCGUCCGAGCUCAAAAAGUGAGAACCGGAGUCGGGUUUCUUCAAGACCCACAAAGAAUGAAUGUCGCCUUGACGAGAGCAAAGCAUUCGUUGAUCGUCUUGAUUCACUCAGAUUCUUUGCAGGUUGACGAAGAUUGGAAAGACAUGAUUGACUUUGCACGUUCAAGAGGCCUCUUCUUCAAUAUAAGUUCUUUUGAUCAAAUCGAGACUGCUGUUUUUUCGAGUGUGACAGCAAAUGAACGUCUUGAAGGUUCCAAUAAAUCAAAAACUCCUGGAAGCAACCUUGAAGAAAACCGAUUGGAAUUUGAUGCUGCGUCAACUCCAUUGCAGUAUGAGGACCUCAGUGAUGAAGACGUAUCUGAUAAACUACCUCAUAAUAACGAGCCGAAUCGCGAGGUCACAAAAGUUGCUGAUCCACGAAUAAGGACAAAAGCAGAUGCCGCACACCGAGGUCGUAGCCCUGGGGCUAGUAAUGACAGCCGACCAAGGUUAAUGUCACAGACCUCUAGGGAUCCUGAUAGUGACAGCCUCGGGAAACGAAGUCAUAUUCGACAUGAGGUAAGAUUUCCACAUCGCCAUAGUGACGGCACUGAUUGCAAAGAUAAGUGUCUCAAAGGGGUUUCAUCGCCUAAAGACGGUGAAAUGUCAGGUACUCAAGCUGAGCAAGCCCGGAAGAACAGAUGUAGCAAGUUUCCUCACAAACACAGCGAUGGCACAGAAUGCGUUGACAAAUGCAUGAAGAUGGCAGGAGGAACAAGUGCCAAGGUAUCUGUAUCCCCAGGUAUUUCCCCUAACGCUUAUGCAAGUCAAGUUGCCAGAUACAAAAAACUUCCACAUACACAUAGCGAUGGUACGGAGUGUAUUAAGAAAUGUUCAAAACUAAGAACAAAGCCGUCGUCUUCAUACUUUAAGCUACCUCAUUGCCACGGGGAUGGAACGAAAUGUGAAACCAGUUGUAAGCGCUUAGAAGAGAGGGAGAAACUUAGAGUUGCUAAGGAGGGUCCAGCGCAGGUAGGGCCAGUUGAUGAAGAGGGUGCUCAAACGAGCAUCCAAACGGGCAAUUUAAAAAGUUGCAACCAAGGGAAGCAAGAAGCAGAAUCGAGCACAAGUGAAGUAAAAAUGGACGUUGUGUCUUCAACUGCAAGCGACAGUGUACCUACGACUGUGUUGCAACAAGUUAGUACUGCAAAUAUGACCAAAAGCAUUGCUAAGUCUGCCUUAUCCAAGCAAGAAGAUCAUAACCGCGAAACAGAAACAGAAAAAGUUCAAGAGCUCUGUUUAUCCCCAGAGGAUUUUUCAGCAGAUUCUAAUCAGCCGGCCUUAGCAUCUCAGAAUAACCGGAAUGGCGAUGCAAAUGAAAAGGCUCCAUCUUCUAAAACUGAGAAGAAAGGCGAAGCAGACAGUGAGAGUUUGGAAAACGAAGUAACCACAGGAAAACCGGCCCCUACAGAGACAUCUGCUGAUGUUAAUGCACCUCCUCCUUUACCCCCAACUCAGCAGCCCGCCAAAGAUAAUCUGCCACCAUUACCCCCAACUCAGCAGCCCGCCAAAGAGAAUCUGCCACCAUUGCCUCCAAGUGAUGACGGCAGCAAUGACCAAGAAACACCGAUGGAAAUUUGUUUUGGCGACUCGAAGAACGGUAUUAAUUUCAUAGAUGAGUCCAACAAUGUUCAGAAUGAGUUGCGGUUGCGGGCUGCCUUAUACGCAAAGCGCAAUAAUUGCAUUGAGACACAAAACCAAGUCUCACAAGGCUAUGCGGGCUACAAUUCAUAUGUUCAAUGGUCUGCCAAUAACCAGACUGGCACAGUGCAUGAUAAUGGGUAUUAUACACAAAAUAUGCAAGGAGUGCAAGGCAACCAAUAUGCGAUACAGAAUGUACAGCAAGGUACCUAUUUGCAAAAUCAAUUUCAACAGCAAGGGGGUCCCAAAACCGGGAAUUCAUUUGCACCCCUCUCUAAUACGUAUACACAGGCAUACAGCGAUGGAGGUGAACCAAAUCCAAACACGAGUUAUGAUGCAGCAUCUUUAGAUGUCCCCAUUGUGUUUACAAAUGGGGAAGAUGUAAAAAAAGGACAGAGUACGACAAUUUGGAAUACACAUAAUAAAGGGUCAGUUGUUCAACGAAAUGGCGAGAAAGGGUUUCAUGCAGACCACGGACAAAGCAUGUAUGGUAGUGAGGUUCCUCAACACGUUAUUGAUCAGAGUCACGGUCGUGCUGAUGGAUUUGCGAAGCGAAGAACCAUGCAAAAUAUUGAUGAUGAAAUUCACAGAAUAAGAGUGUCAACAGACGGCGUGCGCAAGCAAACGUUUGAUGCGGAUUUUGUUGUUGUUGCGGAGAAGAGGAAAAAUAUGGAGAAAGCCAAGAGAGAUCAAAAUGAAGAAAGUUUGUUUGUGCAAGGGUCUAACAGUCGGCAACCUGGCGGAAAGACAAUACCCGAAGGGUUUUUCGGUAGUGCAAUGACCAAGAAACCAAAUCGACAACCCUUUUUGGGUGCUGAUAGUAAACUUCAAAACUCGGCUGACGAUAUGAAUAAUUUUUCUCAGAAUUUUUCUAGAAAGCGCGAAGCUUCUCAAUUUCAAAAUAAUAAUGCUUUUUCUGGGGUAGGCCCAAAUGCAAAGAAACAAAGGAAGAUGCCUGUUAACAAGUUUUAUCGACACGUUCAAAUAGCGGAAAAGAACCAUGCAAAUGGAGUAAAUCGUGACCAAGGGAUGGUGAAUACAAACUCUCCACUUUUUAAUGAACGGAAAAAUUGGAAAACGGGUCUAGAAAACCUUGAAGAUAUGAAUGAGCAAAAUGGGAGAAGUACAAUCCAACAAAAGGAUGGGAGUUUGGAUGCUAAAGAUGCAGGUGUGACUACUUUCAGUAAGUUUAAACUGCGAGACUUUCGUAUUUCACUAGAGCGAACCGACAGUUUUGAGCAUUUGCAAUCGAGAAACGUAACAGAAAUAUCGCCAGACCCAGCGAAACGAAUCGUGAGAACUUUAGGAAACAAUGACCGUGAACAUCAGCCGAAUUUGACAAAAGUUGAAGAGAUAACGAAAAGAAUCAAGGAACGAAAUGCUUCGCGUCAUCGGACAACACAGCUAGUUGAAAGGCAGGAUAGACAAAAUAUGAUGCAAGGAAGAACUUAUUUUCAUAGAAACAAAUUUAAACGUAGAAAUAACAUGAUCUAGAGUAGCUCAAAUAUUUGUUGGGUUGGGUUCCAAUAAGGUGUUUACCAUCUAGAUAGAUAAAACAGAGGUCAAAUUCCUGACGAGACCAUAUUUGCUUAACCUUUCAUAUUGCGUGCCACUUUAAUAGACAGAGCACUUUCUGAAAUGGGAAGGAAGAUGUUAUUUUACAGGCUGAUUAGGGCU